GACAAAAGUGAGUCACUACAAGUUACUGUUUGGUCACGCUGUUUUGUUCAUAAGAGGCUAACAGAGAACAGGACUGUGUAAUAAUAUCGACAAUUGAAGGUCAGAUUCAGUAUCUUCGCUCGCGCGGUUUCGUUACUCGUCACGUUGUUUAAGGGAUGACUGAACAAUUGGUGUUUCGGGGCACUCUGUCUGGACAUCGAGGGUGGGUCACACAGAUAGCGACGAAUGCUACCCAACCCGAUCUUCUUGUCUCAGCUUCUCGAGAUAAAUCUCUUAUUGUAUGGGACCUAAGGCGACAAUCUGGUGAAUAUGGAGUACCUGUGAGGUCUUUACAUGGACACAAUCAUUUUGUCAGUGACGUGGUUAUGUCAUCUGAUGGGUUAUAUGCCUUAUCAGGUUCAUGGGAUAGCACCUUAAGACUGUAUGAUCUCGAAACUGGAAAAACAACUCGUCGGUUCUGUGGACACGAAAAAAGCGUUCUGAGUGUUGCUUUUAGUGCAGACAACAGACAGAUAGUUAGUGGGUCACGUGACAAAACUGCAAGGUUGUGGAAUACUUUGGGUCAUUGUAAGUAUGUAUUCACCGAUGGUGGGCAUACUGACUGGAUUUCAUGCGUCCGAUUUUCCCCAAACACUGAUCAUCCUAUUGUUGUUACAUGUGGAUGGGACAAGCAAGUGAAAGUCUGGGGGUUAAGCGACUGCAGUUUACGCACAACACAUUACGGACAUACUGGUUAUCUCAACACAGUGACAGUUUCACCAGAUGGUUCUCUUUGUGCAAGCGGAGGAAAGGAUGGACAAGCAAUGCUAUGGGACUUAGCGUUAAACAAGUUCCUGUACACCCUGCCUAGCGGUGGAAUAAUCAACGCAUUAUGUUUCUCUCCUAAUCGUUAUUGGCUUUGUGCUGCAGUCGGAUCCAGCAUCAAAAUAUGGGAUUUAGAAAAUAAGGUCUUAGCUGAUGAUCUGCGCCUUGAAUUGAUAUCAGGAAAUGCACCUGCCAAACGAUCAAAAUCUUCCUGCACAUGUCUUGCGUGGUCUGCUGAUGGUCAAACCUUAUUUGCUGGGUACUCAGAUAAUCUCAUUCGUGUUUGGCAAAUGGCUUAGUAACAAUAAUAUGUAUGAUGUACUGAUGGGACCAAAGAUUUUUUAUUUCAAGUGAGGUUGUAUGUGUUUACGGAAGAAUUCUUACUGAUAACCCCAGCACUGUUUACGUAGUACAAUAAGGUUUAUGUAAGCCAGGGUAUGUAUUUCUCGAUGCACAGACUUCUCAUUAUAUUUAGUCUAUAAGCGGAGAAAGUUCAUUUCGUUUGCUUGAAACCCAGU